AUGCGUCGACGGCACUCGCGUUUGACGCUUUACUGGCUCACUGACAAGGAGUGGUUUCUCGGCGAGGAGGAAUGUGUGCGACCGUCGUCUGGGUGGAGGUCGUUUCUGAGCACUGUCCGGGAGGGCACACUGUCGCUGGCGUCUGAGCAUCUGUUCUUCGACGAUGGCAGCCCGAACAUCGUUAUUUUCCCACUGUCGAGGGUGGUGGAUGCCGUCGUGCAGCUCUGUGAUGCGCACAUUGCCGUAACCUUCACGUGUAAGAAUGCACUGCAGCGCGAAGUGCUUGUGCCGCCAAGCGGAAUUCACUCCGUUCCUGGGAUCUGCAGUCCAUACCCCAACAAGGAGACGUGGGUGUUUCACUUUGCCCGCACGUCUGAGUGGGUCGCAGAGUCCCUCCGCAGCCUCUUCACCCGGCAUCACAUCGAGGACGUGUUGUCACGCCGCGAGGUUGCCUUGCAGAAUGUGUCCUCCGCAGUCAGCUUCUGCGCGCGGCGUCAGUUCCCAAUGCGCGAGCAGAGGGGCGUUCUCUACAUUGGCGAUGUCGACGUUGCCUUUCAGCCGCUCUUCCCUUUGCCGCCGCACGGUGUAGUGAGGUUGGACCGUCAGCAGUGCCGGCACACCUUCGCUCGGUGGAUCAUCUUCGAAGCGGUGGGGCUGGACGUGUACACGUCCGAGUCACCUGAGGCCACUCCCGCACUGUCGCUUAUCUUCAACAACCCUCGCGAAAGAGACCAGGCUAUGCAUCUACUUGCUGAGCGCCUUGGGGUUCCGCCUUACCGUGUCUCCAUCCACGCUGUUGUAGAUGCGUGGAGGCACCGCUCCAUAUCCAGUUACGAGUAUCUCUUGUGCCUGAACAAGUGGGCGUCCCGGUGCGCAAACGACGUCUUCCAGUACCCCAUCUUUCCUUGGGUAAUUGCCGACUACACAUCGCCUCAGCUGGACUUUUCUCAGCCGUCCACCUUCCGAGACUUGAGCAAGCCAAUAGGGGCCCUCUCCCCGUCGAGGCUCACCCUUCUCCAGGAGCGAGCUGAGUUCCUGCGGGAGGCAGAGGAGACGGCAUACUUGUACUCCACGCACUACUCCUCUGCAGCUAUCGUCGCCUACUAUCUGGUACGCCCGCACCCAGAGUUUCAGCUGAGUCUACAAGGCGGCACACUGGAUGUGCCGGAGCGCAUUAUGGAAUCUAUUCCACAGCUUUGGCGCAGCGUCACCACAAACUCGAGCAACUUCCGUGAACUCAUCCCACAGUUCUUCAACGAGGACUUCGCAGCGCUACACGGACCCCCUCUUCUUCCUCUCGGUUUGCACACAGACGGUUCUCCGGUCGCCGCGUUUGUUAAGCUGCCUCCGUGGGCGGCUAGCAGCGAGGACUUUGUACGGCAACAUCGGUCCGCUCUCGAGAGCGAUAUUGUCUCUGCCUCUCUCCACUUAUGGAUUGACCUCGUUUUUGGCAUUGCGCAGACCGGGGAUAAGGCGCGGGCCGCGGAUAACUUGUUUCACCCCUUCUCGUACCCGCAGUGUGGCAGGCAGUUGAGCGUACCUGGCCUGCACCUCUCAUCUCGCGAGUACGCAAGAGAGUUCGGGAACGUGCCCAUUCAACUCUUCGCUGAUGCACAUCCGCCGCGCGCGAAGACAGUUCAUGCUCUUGUGUUCACCGCGGAAGCAUCAGAGGCGUGUGGCUGUGCGAGCGAUCAUGCCAACGAAGAGCGGAUCUUGCGCAUGAUGGAAGAGCUGCACCUCAUAGACGACACAACCGACACCGUGAUCGACUCGGUGGACGGAGAUGACGACGGCACCCACGGGCUGCCCACCCACGCGGCAGUUCUCACCAUCGUCUCUACUAUCUCUCUGGAUUGCCGAUCGGCCCGUUUCGUCACACUCGGCUACACGCAAGACGACUCACCCGCAUUGGAGACGGCAGCGCUGCUUGUUGUCGGCAGUGAUCAGCGCAUAGCAAUGCUACUCGACGUCGUGACGGGUGAGCGCAUUCGCUCCUUCCCUGACUUUGAUGGUCUCAUCACUGCCACCGCCUUCUACGACGGCAACGUGUUCGUCUUCACCGAGAGCAGAAGUUGCUACGUUCUGUCACUCACUUCGCACGCGGUGGUGCAUUUCACUGCUGAGGUGACUCCUGCCCCUGUGAUCUACGCCUGUUUCACAUCACAGCUAGUCGUUCUUGCGGACUCGAACGCUCAACUUUCAGGUUGGGCAAUGCCGUGCAGAACAUCCUCAUUGUUGUUUGAGUCACCACUCUCGUUUACGUGUGAGGCCUCCUCCCGGGUCAUGUGCAUGGGCCGCUCCGCGGCUGGCGACGUCAUUGUUGCCGCUACCGAGCAGUUGGAGAUUUUUUUAUGUCAUGGAGGCACGUGCUGCGAGUGCUUGCUUCAACAGGUGCCUGCGGCGUCAACGGUGCUGCACGCCAUGCCGGCAGAUAAGCUCACGCGAUUCUGGGUGUUCUUUGUCGAGGAGGCCGCUCUAUACGAUCUUGGUGGCAUCCCGCUGAGGCGUAUUUCCACCACUCCGGCAUCGAUCAUGACGUGCCCUCAGUUGGUCUCUCAGCUCUACCCGCUCUGCGUGCACAUGCACAGCGGAAAACUCGAGGUGUUUCAGCUGCUGCAGACCGGCAAGCAGGCCGUGCCGCUGCAGUGCAGUCCGCUGCGGUCUCUACAACUUUCGUCCGCAGGCAGCCUCGUCGCCUUUGUAGGCACCACCGUUGUCGAUUCCAAGCAGUCGCUCGUCCUCACAAUGGCCAGACUGACGGCUCAGUCGAUUGUGUGA